UGAUAUUUUUGACACUGUAUGUCCCUGCUCCGUUCGCCGUCUUCCCGUUUCUGACAUCGGUAAAAACCUGCCGGAGUGGGGAAGCUGGGGCCGGAUGAUGAACUCGAAUUUGGAUCUGUCCCGACGGAAUCCGCAAGAGGACUUCGAGCUUAUUCAGAGAAUUGGCAGCGGAACGUAUGGGGAUGUGUACAAGGCACGCAAUGUCAACACUGGAGAGCUGGCUGCUAUCAAAGUCAUCAAACUGGAACCAGGUGAAGAUUUUGCAGUGGUUCAGCAGGAGAUUAUCAUGAUGAAGGACUGUAAGCAUUCUAACAUCGUGGCCUACUUUGGCAGCUAUCUCAGGAGAGAUAAGUUAUGGAUCAGUAUGGAAUACUGCGGAGGGGGUUCACUGCAGGAUAUCUACCAUGUGACUGGUCCUUUGUUAGAAUCUCAGAUUGCCUAUGUGUGUAGGGAAACCCUACAGGGUCUAUAUUAUCUCCACAACAAAAACAAAAUGCACAGAGAUAUAAAGGGAGCAAAUAUCCUCUUAACAGACAAUGGCUAUGUCAAACUAGCGGAUUUUGGGGUUUCUGCUCAGAUCUCACAAACACUAGCGAAGAGGAAGUCCUUCAUUGGCACACCCUACUGGAUGGCACCAGAGGUUGCUGCAGUGGAAAGAAAGGGAGGUUACAACCAGCUCUGUGAUAUCUGGGCUGUGGGUAUCACAGCCAUUGAGCUGGCAGAACUACAGCCUCCCAUGUUUGACUUGCAUCCCAUGAGAGCUCUCUUCCUAAUGUCCAAGAGCAAUUUUCAACCUCCCAAACUUAAAGACAAGGUCAAGUGGACAAACAACUUCCAUCACUUUGUGAAAGUGGCCUUGACCAAAAACCCAAAGAAGAGACCCACAGCUGACAGAUUGCUGCAGCAUCCAUUUGUGUCUCAACCUCUGAGCCGAACCCUUGCUAUCGAGCUUUUGGACAAAGCUAGCAACCCUGACCACACCCCCUUUAGUGACCUGGACGACGAGGACCCUGAUCUGGAGUCACCUGUCUCCGUCCCACAUCGGAUUCGCUCGACUAGCCGAAGCUCAAGAGACGGGAAAACUCUGUCCGAGAUCAACUUUGGUCAGGUGAAGUUUGACCCUCCUAUGAGGAAGGAGACAGAACCUCAUCAUGAGCAGGAGCUCCAGCUGGAACCCCAGAGCCUUUUGAAUGAUCAUAAGAGUCUCUUAAAGAGUGUGGAGGAGGAGCUUAAUCAGAGGGGUCAUGUGACGCAUUUAGAGGAUGACGAUGAUGAUGAUGAUUGUGGUGGUGGUGGUGGGGGUGAUGAAGCUGUACACCGUAAAACGUCCACCAUGAGGCCCAAAGUGCCUCCACCAUUACCGCCCAAGCCGAAGUGUUUGAGUCCAGUUCAGAAUGGUCCGGAAGAGCACAGCAGCAGUCAUGGCACAAUUAAACGCUGUCCAAGCACCCCAAACCCCACCCCUUCAGCUCGUCCUUCCUCCUGUGUCCCUCCCAGGCCGCCACCCCCUCGUCUGCCCCCUCAUAGACGUAGUAGUCUAGGUAACGAGCCCAUUGAGAGCACAAAUACAGAUGCAUGCUGGGAUACAGAAGGGGAAGUUGGGAGUUAUAAGUUCUGGGAAUGGCUUCAUGCUGAGCAGAAGGAAGAGGAGGAGGAACAGAGUAGUGGGGUGAGUCCUGUUCAGCAGAAUGGAGAGAGGGAGAGGCAGUCCACGUUACCCACAUCAUCUCUGCACAUUCAUCAGAAACCCAUUAGCAAUGGUCUGCCUCCAACACCCAAAGUACAUAUGGGGGCGUGUUUUGCUAAAGUGUUUAACGGCUGUCCAUUAAAGAUCCACUGUGCCACGUCCUGGAUUAACCCGGACAGCCGGGAUCAGUAUUUGAUAUUUGGAGCCGAGGAGGGGAUUUACACCCUAAAUUUGAACGAGUUGCAUGAGACUUCCAUGGAACAGCUUUUUCCACGGAGAUGCACCUGGCUCUAUGUGAUGAACAAUUGGCUGUUGUCCAUAUCUGGAAGGGCCUCCCAACUGUACUCUCAUAACCUGUGUGGCCUCUUUGAGCAAGCUCGGCAGAUGCAGAAGCUACCGGUUGCCAUACCAACGCAUAAACUCCCAGAUAAAAUCAUUCCAAGGAAGUUUACAGUGACCAAUAAGAUUCCAGAUACAAAGGGAUGUCAGAAGUGUUGUGUUGUGCGUAACCCUUAUACAGGCCAUAAGUACCUGUGUGGAGCAUUCCAGUCCAGUGUGGUCCUGUUUGAGUGGGUGGAGGCCAUGCAGCGCUUCAUGCUUAUUAAGAGCAUAGACAUCACUUUGCCAUGCCCACUGGAAGUGUUUGAGAUGCUGGUUUUUCCAGAGCACCAGUAUCCUCUCAUCUGUGUCGCAGUUAGCAAGGGCAGUCAACCUGACCAGGUCGUCACCUUUGGCACGGUCAACCCCAAUCUAACCACACCUGUCUUCACUCAGCCUGACACUCCUCAGACCUGUGUCAUUCAUGUCACGCAGCUGGAGAGAGACACCAUUUUAGUUUGCCUGGACCGUUGUAUUAAGAUGGUGAAUUUACAAGGAAAGUUAAAAUCCAACACUAAGCUCUCUGCUGAACUCACUUUUAACUUCCAGAUUGAGGCAAUAGUGUGUCUUCAAGAUAGUGUUCUAGCCUUUUGGAGACAUGGGAUGCAAGGUCGCAGCUUCAAAACAAAUGAGAUCACCCAGGAAAUCUCUGACAACAGUCGCAUCUUCAGACUGCUGGGUUCUGACAGGUCAGUGGUGCUUGAAAGUCGGCCAACAGACAACCCCACUGCCCAGUGUAACCUGUAUAUUCUAACUGGCCACGAGAACAGCUACUGAACACAUGUGCAAGUCUUACUGACCUCUAAAGCUGACAAUGUUUAUAUUCCCCACUGCAUAUGCACACACUACUACCACCCCGAAGCUAACUGUU